AUGGCGGAGACCGCCGCGUUGAGCCCCGACGCCAGGGCCAGGCUGCAUGCCGCGCGGCUGAGCGAACAGAUGUUGCUCGUUCACGACGAGGAAGACGACGACAGCGAACUCGGCGAAGAAAGUGUUAAGGAGAACGGUGAAGAAAGUGGUAACGAGAACGGCGAAGUUCGCCGUCGCAAGUUGGGGCGCGCAGCGAAGAAGCUCGGUUUGAAACCUCCGCUUUUGAAUUCGGGACCAAGUAUGGCGGAUGUUAAUAACACGUUCUUCCGGUGGGACUCGGUAACUCCGAACGCGUUUGUGGAUUGGCGCCAGACCAUGUACAUCUCGCCGAUACAGCGACAAUAUCAGUGCGGGAGCUGCUGGACGAUCGUGGCCGUCGAUUCCGUCUCGAUGAUGUGGGCGAUCAUCAACAACACGACGCCGCAGCUGCUGUCGCCGCAGCAGGUGUGCGACUGCGCGACGAAACAAUGCUGCAAGGGCGGCUGGCCGGACUGGGCCUUCUCCUACAUCCUCUUUAAUGGCGGCAUCGCGUCUCUCGACGAUUACCCCUACCUCGCAGAGGACAGCGUCGUCUGUAACGCGAACGCGUCGACGCCGCUCGCGGCGAAGAUCACGGGGUGGGAGCUCGUCCCGCCGUACAACGCCAUGGCGCUUAUGAAGGCCGUCAGCAUGCAGCCGACCGUCGCGUUUCUGUCCGGCAACGCGAACGAUUUCCAGUACUACUCGUCGCGCGGGAAGGUGAAGAUCUACGACGGGACGUGCACGACGGAUAUUAAUCACGCGGUGGUGGUGGUCGGGUAUAACUACACGGGGCCCGGAUUGGACGGCAGCUAUUGGAUCUUAAAGAACUCGUGGUUCAACACGUGGGGCGACGGCGGUUACAUGUACCUCGCGAUGACGCCCGACGUGCGCGGGAAAUGCGGGCUGCACGCCAUCCCUGCCAUGUACCCGGUUUACUAUGCAGGUCCCGAGCCCGUCAAGAUCGCCAACGGUCCCUACCGCCGCCAGGACGACGGGUACGACGGCAGGUGGUGGGCGCGCGGCUACACCGGCCCCAUCGACGCGUGCGCGAAUCUCAUCAACCCCUGCGGCGGCGGGCGCUGCUACACGCUGCGCGGGAUCGCGCGCUGCGACUGCCGCGGGCUGCCGAGCAUGGUGGAGGUGCUGUCGACGCCAACUGCCAAGUGCGUGCCGCGCUACCCGUGCACGAGCCGCGAGCUGUUCAACCCGUGCGGGAGCGGCGUGUGCCGGAACCCCGGCGACGGGACAUACACCUGCGAGUGCCCUGCGGGCUACGCCAUUGGAACAGCAUCGGACGGCACGAUCACCUGCGUGGGCGUGGGCACGACGGCGGCAGUGGGGCAGACAUACACGACCGUGCCGGGCGACUCGUGCACGGUGGUGGCGAGCGCGUAUAAGAUCUCCGUUAUCACUCUCGCUGACCUUAACCCGUUCCUCGACUGCUCGCUCGCAUUCAUUGCUCCUGGCAUGGUGCUACUCGUAUCCAAUACCUCCUCCACCGCCAGUGCCAGUACCUUUGUCUGCACAGCCACGUACACGGUGCAGACGGGGGACACGUGUCAGACGCUCGCCAACACCUAUUUUAACGGCGAUGUGACCGCACUCACCGCUGCCAACUCCCUCAUCUGCUCGCCUGGCCGCGCCGCGCUGCUGCCGCUGCAGCAGAUCUGCAUCGCCACUACCUCGCCCACCCCCCAGAUAACGGUGCCGCAGUGCGGGCAAACGUACACGUCAGUGGUUGGGGACACGUGCGACGCGAUCGCCACCAAAUACAACAUCGCGCUCAGCACUUUCAUGAGCCUCAACCCCGCGCUUUCCUGCGACUCUAACCUCAAGAUCGGACUCUACCUCUGUGUUGCACCCAAGACCCCUCUGACCACAGUCAACUGCACAGCAUGGUACACAGUGCUGCAGGGUGACAACUGCCCCAACAUCUGGAACGCAGCCAACCUCACAGAACCCCUUUUCCUCGCCAUCAACCCCGGCAUCAGGUGCCAAGCCCCCUACCUGCAAGUCGGUCAGAAGGUCUGCAUCAAGUCGCCGCUGCUCGCAACCCUCAUGGUUCAAACCAACACCAGCUACUCCAUCUACACCAUCCAGGAAGGCGACACCCUCGCUCUCAUCUCCUCAAAAUUCGUCACCCGCUGCACGACGGUCUCUGUCUCUCCUGUCAACAUCGCCGCGAAAAACAACAUUCUCGAAACCGACCCUCUCGUGGUCAACACGACGCUCAUCAUUCCCUGCGACUCCCGCGUCGGGAUUCUCGACUGCGGGUGCGCCGAGUCUCUCCCCGUGUGCGGCGCCGAUUUCGUCACGUACCCGUCAUACUGCGACGCGGUUUGCAACUACGCCAUGCCGGUGGUGCAAGACGGGGUGUGCACGGGGUGCAACGCCGCGUGCACGAAUCGCGCGGGGCCGGUGCUAGGGCCCUGGUACAGGUGUGGUUUCUCUGGAGUAGCCCUAAUUAACUCUUCCCAUGGCCCCUUGCUCGUUGCGCUGCGCUCAGUUUCCCAGCUUAAUUGCGCCGCUCUCGCCGCGACGGAGCCCGCCGAGGUUCUGACGCAAUUCGAAAUCGCGAUGAUGGAAACCCUUUCGAUGUCUGACGAGGAGCGCAUGCAGCUUAACGCAGCGCGACUUAGCCGAGCAAUGCUCCGCCAAAACGACGAUGACGUCGACGAAAAUGACGACGACGAUGCGAAUGACGUCGCCGGGGAGUCGCAUUCGCGGCGUCGCGAGCUGAAAGACGGCAAGGGGAAGCAGCUCGGUCUCAACCCGCCGCCUCUUAACUCGGGUCCGAGCAUGGCGGACGUCAAUGGGACGUUCUUCCGUUACGAUUCCGUCGUUCCCAAUGCCACCGUUGACUGGCGACUGACGAAAUACAUUUCGCCAAUCCAGCGCCAGUUCCAGUGCGCUAGCUGCUGGGUGAUCGCAGCCGUCGAUUCCAUCGCCAUGAUGUGGGCGAUCACGACCAGGAACACUCCCGCAGUGCUGUCGCCGCAGCAGGUGUGCGACUGCGCGACGAAGCAGUGCUGCCAGGGCGGCUGGCCUGACUGGGCCUUCUCAUACGUGCUCUUCAACGGCGGGAUUCAGUCCGUCGACGACUACAGCUAUAUCGCGCAGGAUAAUCAGAUGUGCAGCCUCAACGCGUCGAUUCCUUCUGCUGCUCAGAUUACCGGCUGGGAGCUUGUGCCGCCUUACAACGCCAUGGCUUUAAUGAAGGCCGUCAGCAUGCAGCCCGUGGUCGCCUUCCUUAGCGGCUCGUCCAAGGAUUUCCAGAUGUACACCUCGCGUGACAUGGUGAAGAUCUACGACGGGCUGUGCACGACGGAUAUCAAUCAUGCGGUUGUCGUCGUUGGUUUCAACUACACGGGCAGCACCAACGGCAGCUAUUGGAUCAUCAAGAACUCGUGGUUCGAAACGUGGGGCGACGACGGUUACAUGUAUCUCGCCAUGUCGCCAGACAUUCGCGGAAAAUGCGGGAUUCACGCAAUUCCGGCCAUGUACCCGGUGUACUACCCGUUCGGUCCUCAGCCCGUGAAGAUUUCCAACGGUCCGGUCAGUCGAAAAGACGACGGCGAUGACGGAAAGUGGUGGAACAAGGGUUACACCAUCAACUCCGACGCAUGCCAGAAACUCAUCAACCCAUGCGGACGCGGCACCUGUUACACCAAGAACGGAAUCGCACGCUGCGACUGCAGCGGGUUGACGAACUUUGUUGAAGUCUUGGGAGUGCCGACGGCGAAAUGUGUGCCUCGGUUUCCGUGCAACAAGACAAACAUCAACCCUUGCGGCGCUGGCACCUGCAGCAACCCUGGCGACGGCUCCUACGCCUGCUCUUGCCCUGUCGGCUAUGCCAUUGGAGCCGCAUCCGACGGCACACAGACGUGCGUGGGAGUGGCCACCACGUCAACUUCUUCUAUCACAUACACCACUGUUCCUGGCGACUCGUGCUCUGUUGUGGCUGGAGCGUUUGGCAUCAGCACCACCACCCUCGCUGCAUUGAACCCCUUCCUCAACUGCUCGCUCAUGUACAUCCCUCCUGGAUUCGCUAUUACCGUCUCCAAUGCAAGCACAUCCUCCUCACCCAUCUGCACCGCAACCUACAUCGUCAGUCCCACCGACAACUGCACCUCCCUCGCCAACACUUUUUUCGCGGGCAGCUUGUCGAACCUUCAGAAGGCCAACCCUCUCGUGUGCACGUCCAGCCGCCCGGUGUACCCGUCCCAGACGAUCUGCACGAGUGUAACGACUGCGGUUACCAGCGUGCCGGUGCCGCAGUGUGGGCAGACGUACUCCUCUGUGGCGGGCGAUACUUGCUCGUCUGUUGCGACCAAGUUCCUCAUUUCCCUCACCAACUUCACUGGGUUGAACCCUGGACUGUCGUGUUCCGGUUCGCUUCCCAUUGGCUCCUACCUUUGCGUGGCUCCUAAAACUGCUCUGACCACAGUCAACUGCACCACAUGGUACACGGUGCUGCAGGGGGACAACUGCCCCAACAUCUGGAACGCAGCCAACCUCACAGAGCAGACCUUCCUUGCCAUCAACCCCGGCAUCCGGUGCCAAGCCCCGUACCUGCAAGUGGGUCAGAAGGUCUGCAUCAGUGCGCCCGUACUCGCCACGCCUGUUGCCGCCUCCAACACAAGCUUCUCUAUCUACAAAGUCAAGGACGGCGACACGCUCGCUCUUAUCUCCGCCAAUUUCAUCAACCGCUGCAUCCCUGCCUCCGUCUCCCCCGCUGCAAUCGCCGCCGAAAACAACAUCCUAGAAACAUCGAUUCUCGUUACGGGCACCAACCUGAUCAUCCCGUGCGAUUCCCGCGUGGGGAUUAUCGACUGUCAGUGCGCCGCGUCACUCCCGGUCUGCGGAGCCGACUACGUGACCUACCCCUCGUAUUGCGAUGCGGUUUGCAACUACGCCGUGCCGCUGGCCCAGAAUGAUGUCUGCGCCGGCUGCAACGCCGCUUGCUUCGGCCGAACCGGGCUCGCGCCGCUCACUGGGUAUGGGUGCACGUGGUCGAUUUGCCCGUACCCCAACUGGAAGCCGUUGGACACGGAUUGCUCGCAAAUGCUUGGCGACGCCGCGGGCAAAUGCUGCAAUUUCCAAAUGACGACGUGUCAGAACUCGUGCACGGAUGUGAAGAACUCGCUUGGAGGGACGUCCACGCAGCAGACGACGAAUUACAACAAAUGCUACUCGCAGUGCAUGUGCUGCUCGAGGCUUCCCUGUGGUACGGCGGCGUGUGCGGCUCCCAGCUCAUGCUGGAAUGAUUCCCCUCGCAAGUGUACUUUUGCCAACAUGGCGUAUACUUGGAACUGUACGUGGUUCCCUCCAGCUUCACCGCUUCCUUAG